UAAUUUAAGAAAAGCAUUUGAAGAGGCUGAGAAAAAUAGUCCAGCUAUUAUUUUCAUUGAUGAAAUAGAUGCUAUCGCUCCAAAGCGUGAAAAGACAAAUGGUGAAGUAGAACGUCGUGUUGUAUCUCAACUUCUUACACUUAUGGAUGGUAUGAAGGCAAGAUCAAAUGUUGUCGUAAUGGCUGCCACCAAUCGUCCAAAUAGUAUUGAUCCUGCUCUUCGAAGAUUUGGUCGUUUCGAUCGUGAAAUUGAUAUUGGUAUCCCAGACCCUACUGGUCGUUUGGAAAUUUUACGCAUCCAUACAAAGAACAUGAAAUUAGAUGAGGAUGUAGAUUUGGAACGAAUUGCAUUCGAAACCCAUGGUUAUGUCGGUUCAGAUAUAGCAUCUCUUUGUUCUGAAGCUGCAAUGCAACAAAUCCGUGAAAAGAUGGACUUAAUUGACUUGGAAGAUGAAACAAUUGACGCUGAAGUUUUGGAUUCAUUGGCCUAUGCUUUGGGUGUAUCCAAUCCAUCUGCUCUACGAGAAACAGCUGUAGAGGUCCCAACAGUCACAUGGAAGGACAUUGGUGGACUCGAAAAAGUCAAACUGGAACUUCAAGAAACUGUACAAUAUCCUGUAGAGCAUCCUGAAAAAUUCGUCAAAUUUGGCAUGUCUCCUUCAAAAGGUGUAUUAUUCUAUGGUCCUCCAGGAUGUGGUAAGACAUUAUUAGCUAAGGCCAUUGCCAAUGAGUAUGUCUUUGAUAAAGCACGUGCUGCUGCUCCAUGUGUAAUGUUCUUUGAUGAAUUGGAUUCUAUCGCAAAAGCUCGUGGAUCCAAUUUAGGUGACGGUGGCGGUGCUGGUGACCGUGUUCUUAAUCAAAUUCUUACUGAGAUGGACGGUAUGAACGCUAAAAAGAAUGUAUUUAUUAUCGGUGCCACAAAUCGUCCAGAUCAAAUUGAUCCGGCUCUGCUUCGUCCUGGUCGUCUUGACCAAUUGAUUUAUAUUCCUCUACCUGAUGAGUCAUCAAGGUUAUCAAUUUUGAAAGCUACAUUACGAAAAUCACCUGUAGCUAAAAAGGUUGAAGAACGUUUGGAUUAUUUAGCCAAGAAAACAGAAGGAUUCUCUGGUGCAGAUUUGACAGAAAUUUGUCAACCUACUAUGGAAGAAGAUGAAGAAGAUCCAGUCCCUGAAAUUACAAUGGUUCACUUUGAAGAAGCUAUGAAAUAUGCUCGUCGUUCAGUUUCUGAUAGUGACAUUCGCAGAUAUGAAAUAUUUGCCCAAAACCUUCAACAAUCUCGUGGCUUUGGACUGAACUUUAAGUUCCCUGAAGAUUCUAGCGAAGGACCUUCCACAGACGCACAAAAUGGCGGCAACGCUAUGGAUGUUACUAGUACUACAUUCGGUCGGGAUGCUGAUGGAGAUGAUGAUUUAUAUGCUUAA